AUGGAAACUGUGAAGCUCUGCCUCUUUCUCCUCUUCGUCUUGGCUGUCGUUGCUCCUCCACUCUCCUUUGCCUACCAUGAAACCUCCAACGAUUCAUCUUACGUCAACGAUAUUUCUAAAUACAGCUUCUUUGGCGGAGACUCCUCGGAAGCCAUGACUGAAGAUAGUCGGCGACAACUUUUCCAAUAUGGAUUCGCUUAUAAUAAGGAAGCUCGCAGGAGGUUUUUGACCUACUAUGCACUUAGUAAGAAUAAUAUCCCUUGCGGCCGUCGUGGUACCUCCUACUAUGAUUGCAAGAAGCGUAGAAGGAUCAAUCCUUAUCGUCGUGGUUGUGCUGCCAUCACUGGAUGUGCUCGAUUCACCGAUUAAACAAGUUUUAUUGCCUCAUUGAAUUGGAUUGUCUUUGCUUUUAUCAUCAUGUAUUGAUCUGAUUGGUCUUCUUU